AUGCGAAAAUCGUUACUGGAUUUUGUUUACAUCUCGUUCGAAUUUCGAUUAGAAUUUCGUUUGGGAAAACUGUAUUGAAUUACUGGAUUUCUGUUGAAUAUUCUUAAUAUUAUUGCGACACGAAUUAAAAUAUAACAUUACAAAAAUUCGCUUUGCCCAUAAAAGUGUACUAGUACUAUUAUGUAUGUGGCCCAAGAUGUUGCUGUUAAAUUUCAAUAUUUUAAUUAUUUUUACAUUAGUGAAUAGUGGUGAAUUACCAAUAUUUCAUUCACCAGUUCAACCAAUCAUGCAAACAUAUUUGACACAAAAAGCUUUGUCUUCAACCGAAAAACCUCAAUCGACACCACCAGCACCAACAACUGUAAAUUCAUAUGUGGACAACAAACUGCAUUUUCCAACUGACAAACCUGAAUCAUUACCACCAGCAGCAUCAACAUUAUUAUCCCCAGAUAACAACAGAUCGAAAGAGAUUUUGAUACUAGGUUUAUUUGAUGCAGCGUUGAAUAUUGAUAGGUCAAUGCAUAGCUUAAUAGCACAAGACUCAAAAUCUGAUGGAAAUAUCAUCAUAUCACCGAUAAGUAUUGCUGCUGCCAUGUCACUUAUUCUUUUGGGUGCUGGUGGCGAAACAAAAACAGAAAUCGGUAAACUAUUUGGUUACGAUGAGAACACGUUACUUCAUGCAAUUGACAAUAACAACCAAAAUUACAAGGAUUUAGGCAUGUUGUUAAAUUACUUUCAAUAUAGCUCAACAGAAACUUUGGGUACAAGAGUAAACCUUGCCAAAGCAGUUUUCAUUCAAAAUGGCUAUAAUGUUUUACAAAAUUAUAAAACAUUAGCUAAAGAAUAUUUAAAUAGUGAAAUAAUAACAGUUGAUUUCAGUAAAGAAGGGCCAAAUGCACAACAAACUAUAAAUAAAUGGGUAUCAAUUCAAACAAAUGGAAAAAUCAAUGAUAUUAUGCCCAAUAUUCCUAUUCCUGAAACAAAGACUAUUAUUACAAGUGCUUUAUACUUCACUGGCGAAUGGGAAACCCCAUUUUUUGUUAACUAUACCAGAAUAAAACCAUUUUAUUUUAAAUCAAACAUUGGUGAUAAAAAUGCACAAGAUAUUAUUUACAUUCCGAUGAUGAUGGGCAGUAGCGAUAUAUUAUACCAUAAAAAUGAAGAUUUAGGAUUUUCAGCCAUGGGAUUACCUUACAAGGGCAAUAAAUUUGUAUCAUAUUUUGUACUUCCUGAUUUAAAUGUUAAUUUGAGAGAUUUAGUUAAUAAAAUGGAUGGCAAAAUACUUCAAAACAUAACUAGAAAUACAAUACCUUUAGAAUUUACAUACUUUGUGCCUAAAAUGACUCUGAAGUCAUUUACUAACCUCAGGCCCGCUUUACAGAAUUUGGGUGUAAACAAAAUAUUUGAUAUUUCAAAAGCUGAUUUUUCAAAUUUUACAUCUAAUUCUGAUUCUUUCAUUAAUGAUAUUUUACAUAAAGUAGAAAUAAUUAUUGAUGAAAUUGGUACAAUUGCAUCAGCAGCAACUACAGUAAUUAUAUCAAGAGGUGGCCAACCACCUUUCAAUGUUAACAGACCUUUUAUAUAUUUUAUACAUCAUGUUGAAAGUGAUACAAUAAUAUUUUGGAGUACUGUCUAUAAACCUACACCAUAUACAAUCACACCACCAUUACCACUACCAAAUUCAUAUCGUUAUAGAAAACAUUAAACUCUUUAAGUGUAAAUAAUUAAAUUAUUAUUAAUUUUUUUUUAUUA